UGCUUUUAUCACUAUGAUGGGUGAAGGGGAGUAUACGCCUCUUGCCGAUCGCCCCUUGUUUGGUGCAGCAGAAAGUCAACCAAGGGGACGAUUGAUAAAUGCCUUGAUAAUAUUUGUAACAAUAUUGCUGGUGCUUAUCACUACAAUUACAGCUUUCUUCCCAGGACCAAAGUUCCUUGAUAUGUUCUUUGUGUUUUGCAUCAUUCUCAUCUGCAUCUCUCAUCUCACAGUGAUUGUUUGGUACAGACAAGGAGAUCUUGAUCCAAAGUUCAAGAAACUUAUCUACUUUAAUGCUUUUUCUAUGGUAAUGUUGUGCAUUUGUGGAAAUAUAUUUUUCCAUGAGUAGUUGUUACUUGUGUAUAAGUUAUACGUACUAAUUAGGUUGUUGGAAAGAAUCUCUCUCCCUAUGCUAUGUGAAAUUAUACUGUAAUGUAUAAUGUAAUAAGAAAAGUUUAUAUUUUUAAUAAAUUUGUUAGUAUGGUAUGCGUAUUUUCAAUGUUCAUGGACAAGUGCUCUUACAGUGAUGAUUAUUGUUAUAUGUUAUUCACUAAGAUAAUUAUUAUAUUGAUUAAGUUACAUGUAGGAAUUACUCAGUGAAUUUUAAACAAACAAAAUUAUAAGUGUGUUACUGAAUACUUAUUGUAUUUUACAUAUUUUAUAAAAAGAUUCAAGAAAGUCUCAAAUGGAUAAAUUAAGGUUGGUCAUUUUGUAGACACUGUCUCUGACUAAUAACCUGCUCCAUUUGGUACCAUGUGGACUCAUGACUGGAGAAAUUCCCAAGAAAAAAUAUUCCAAAAGGACAUUAAAUUUAUGGCCAAAAUAAAAAGAAUAAAUACAUACAGGUACAAAGAAGGAUUGCUUAGCUGGAGCAAUAGUGGAUUGGCCAACCUGACUGGUGGAAAAUUCCAGCUUACAAGAGGGGAGGUUGUGUGAUAUUGCAAUACAUCAGCAAGUUUCAAUUAUCGUACAAGACGUGAUGGUUUGUCAGGUUACAUUUUUUUUAGUGUGGUCAAUACCUGUAUGACAUUGACAGUGUACUGUACUGGAUUGCAGUAAUUAUUCAUAAUAAUAAUUUAAUGAGCGCUUAUGUACAGUAUGUAUUGGAUAUUUCAGAGAGUGAAAGUGACAGUGUUACAGGUACAGUACCCAAAUGCACGAAGUAUAAUAAUUACUGUAACAUUAAAAGCAUACUACAAUACAGCAUGGUAAAAAGAAUGGUUUGCACAUUAGUUAAUAGCAACAGGUUCUAAUUCAUGUUCAUUGUGUAUUUAUGUAAAGUAUAAUAAACUAUUUUAAAACAUUGAUGUAAUACAAUAUUAUAUACAUAUUAUAGUAUAGCCAAAAUAUGCAAGUCAUUAAUUGUGUUCAUUUACUAUAUAACUUGUCAGAGUGAGAGAGGUUGAAUGAGUGAGCUUCAUUGUUCUUCAGUAUACAGUAAAUCAUCAUCAUGAUAAAA